GCUGAAGCACUGAAGCUGAAGCUCUGAAGCUGAAGCUCUGCUGUGGUGUUUCCAGCAGCUGCUGCAGUCAUGGCCACACGCAGGAUCACAGAGGAGACCUUUGAUGCAGUGGUCAGAGAACACAUCGAGGAGUUUGACAUGGAGGAGAGCGAAGCUCUGAAGGAGGCCAUUGAGCAGUUUGAGUCUCAGGGUGUGGAUCUCAGCUAUAUUGUUAAAGCAGUGCCCAAAGUCUGUUCUGAAGAAAACACAGAGGAUCAAACCCACGAGGUUCUUCAGGCUUUGGAGUCUCUCAAAGCUGCAGUGGCUUCAUCAUCUGCAUCUGUUCUGGAGGAUCUGAGGGUCUUCACCCAGCAGUGCUCUCUCGGCUUCGCACAGCGAUACCUGGCGGCUCAAAAAGAGGCGUAUCCCACGAUCCUCGCCUGCUGCCAGAGAGCCGCUGGAGAGAAGGAGGCCCUUUCCGUCGCUCUCGCCGCGCUCUCGGCGCUAACAGACGGCCAGCCGGAUCUCCUGGACGUGGAAGGGCGAGAGUUUUUGAUCGGCGCUUUAACCGCGCACCAGACAGACGCCGCUCUCAGCUGUGUGUGUUUCCGCAUCGUGCGACACUGCUGUCUGAAGCACGAGAACAACCGGCAGGGUCUGGUGAAGUCAGGCGUGCUGCCGCUGCUCACCGCCAGCAUCACACGCCACAUCAAACACCCCGAGGUCGUGAGGGAGGCCUGUGUCGCGCUGAGGGUCAUGACCUUUGACGAUGACGUGCGUGUGCCCUUUGGACACGCCCACGAACACGCCAAGAUGAUCGUGCUAGAGCACAACGGGCUGAAAGUCAUCGUUGAAGCUGCUAAAGCUCACCCAGAGAACACAGCAGUGCUCAGUGAACUCUGUGCCACUCUGUCCCGUCUGGCCGUGAGAAACGAGUUCUGUCAGGACAUCGUAGACCUCGGGGGCCUGACGUUCAUGAUCUCACUCCUGGCUGACAGUCUGGAUCGUCAGGAGCUUGUGAAGCAGGUGCUCAGCGCACUGAAGGCCAUCGCAGGAAACGAUGAUGUCAAAGAUUUCAUUGUGAAUGGCGGCGGGGCGGAGCUUAUCGUCAUGGCGAUGAACCGUCACAUGGCCAAUGCACAGGUGUGUGAGCAGGGAUGUGCGGCUCUCUGUGUUCUCGCUCUACGCAAACCCAACAACUGUAAAGUCAUCAUGGAGUGUGGCGGAGCGCUGGCGGCCCUGCAGGCCAUGAAGACUCACCCGGCUGAAGUCAGUGUGCAGAAACAGUCCUGCAUGCUGUUGAGGAACCUGGUGGCCCGCACGCGUGACUUCAGCCAACUCAUCCUGGAGAUGGGAGCCGAGGCGCUGAUCUCGCAGGCUCUGGCGGCUCACCGGGACUGUGGUGACGUGGGUCGAGCCGCUCUCAGAGACCUCGGCUGCCAGGUCGAACUACGAGAAUUCUGGACGGGCAAGAAAGGAAGCCUGAGUCACUGAUGAUCGUCUGUAGACUCAAAACGAUCACGAUUACAUCAUAUGACAGCGUGUAAUAACUGUGGAGCUCGCACUAAAUGUCUGUGAUCAAACAUCUGAUGUCCACAUGCAUAGGAUGCUUUACAGGUUACAGUGUAGAUGUGUUGAUUUUUUUAGUUUAAAUAUUUUAAAGCCACUGUUUAUAGUUUGUACGAGGUUUUUUACCCAGGAAUGACCGCUGUGCUUGGUCUGGAUUAAUUUGAGCUGACGUUGACCGCGAGAAUCAAGUGUGUUUAAUUCAGAGGUGCAUUGCUGGAUUGUCACACUGUGGCUGUUUAACCCUUAAUAUGUUUAAUCUAAAGACCAUCAUCUCGCCUGUUAAAUGUGCUUUCAAUGUGCUUGUUUCUUACAUUCCAAAGUGUUUUAUUACACCGAACACGCUUUCAUGCACAAGGUGAGCCAGAAUAUGAGUCACAUGUUUUCUCAAUCAUAUGUGUUGCAAUAUUAGUUGAAGAAAUGAAUAAACCCGCUCUGUACUGGAACUGAUAGUGUUUGUGAUUAAAUCACACUGAUGUGUCUAUAUUAUACAUAUUCCUUUACAAAAAUGCACCACUUUAUACUAAAAUACCAUCAUUAUUAGUUAUAGUUGCAACUGUAAAAUCAUAAUAAAUUGAUAUAUGUGACCCUGC